AUGGAGAACUGCUCCUGGGACACCAGCUAUCUUGCAAGCUCAGAUUUUCUGAUGCUCUUUUCGCAUGUUGUUACGUUCUGUGAGGUGCCAAUUUCCAUGUACGGGGCCUACUGCAUUCUUUUCAAAACGCCUAGGAAAAUGCGAGCAGUCAAGUGGCUCAUUUUUAAUUUGCACUUUUGGUCGACACUUUCUGAUUUGACUAUUUGCUUUUUUGGAGUGCCAUCAUUUGUUUUGCCGAGCUUCGCAGGAUUCGGAUUUGGAGCAAUUGAUAAUGCUCCGCUGAUGACCUACCUCGGGUUCACUUUUUUCGCUCUUCAAGCGACUUCCAUCAUGGCAGUAUACGAAAAUCGAUACUUCAUAUUAUUUCUUAAAACAUCUCAAUGGUCUCGGGUCCGAAAACCACUUUGGUUCACAAUAUGCUUAUUUGUUCCCACGUUCCUGAUGAUCCCUUUUAUAUUCCUGCCGGAGCAAGAAGCCGCUAGAGCUCUAGUUUUUGAAAGGCUUCCAUGCCUCAGAUAUAUCAAUACUUAUGACAGAGAAAUGUUUGUAUUUGCGAUUGAUCCAAUUAUCCCAGCGGUGUGCACUACUGUGGUGGUAACCGUCAUGAUUACGCCAACAGUCACAUUUUUCGUUCUGACGCUGAAAAAUCUGUUCAAGGAGAACAAGGUUUUCAAUAUAUCUCGGAAAACAUUUGAGACCCAGCAGACUUUCUUCAAGGCGAUAACGAUUCAGUUCAUGUUCUUCUUGUUACUGGUGAUCAUUCCCAUUAUAGUGAUUUUGAUCAUCGAUUUCACAGCUUAUCACAACCAAUUGCUCAAUAAUAUCAUACUUUUUCCAUUCUAUCUCUCAGGAGUUUGGUCCACACUUAUCAUGCUCAUUGUGCAUUCGCCUUAUCGAAAGUUCACUCGAAAUCUGCUUUGCUGUUCAAAAAAGCAACGAAAACAACUGGGAUGUCCGAGAACUGUCACGUCAAUUCCGAAACUAAGAUUUUGA